AUGUUACUACGAGUUGCUUUUGUAUUAUUACUGCUCUUCUCGUUGUUCGUCCAACCCGCCGACGCUUAUCGCAAGGGGUAAGUUGCUGAAUUGGGUUCUCAUUUUUGUAAUCUCAACUCACGAGAUCAAUAAACUACAAUGUUUUACGAUGUCUUUGAUAAAGUUUGUGACGUUUCUGUUUUCAGUUAUAUGCUUCGAAAGGGCUCCAAACUCGAGAAACAACACCGCCGCAGUUUGCACGAGUGGAAAAAGGCGCAUCGACACAAGCAUCAUAAAAAGUGAGUGUUCAUAAUUUAUAAUACAUAAUACAACUUAAACCUCUGUACAACGAAUCGCAGAGACCCCAAAAAAAAAUUAUUCGUUAUAGUAAAGUUUUUGUUAUACGGAUUUUUAUCAGUCUGUCGGGAAAAUAAUGAGCAAUGAGCCGAUCGCGUCGCUGAAGAAAAAACAAUUUUAUAAAGCUCUUUAUAUAGGAGUGUAAAAAACAGCUUCUUUUUUGUAAAAUCUACAGUAAUCUUCACAAAAAUCUCACGGUAAAUAUCCCUUAUAUCGGUCUGUCGGGAAAAUAAUAAGCAAUGAGCAGAUUGUGUCACUGAAGGGAUCAAAAUUUUAUUUUGCCGCGACACAAUUCAUUUUCUCGGCAGCAAUGCGGUUUUCGAUGCGACAGAGUGCUCGUUAUUUUCCCGACAGACUGAUAUUUUGGCCGGAAAUUUAUUUUCGGGACAUCUGAAAUUGAUUGUUAUUGAAAGGUUUUGCUGAAUGGCGAUAUGUUGUGCAGAGGUUUCACUAAAUAUACUAACUACUGGGUGGGCUGAGAAGUUUUAGAAUUUGUACAGUAAAAUUCAAAAAAAAAAAAAAUUACCACACACAGUUGAAAAUCAAUUCUUUUGAAAAUAACAAUCAAAGAUGAUGUCGUGGGAAUAAAAUUGCACGUUUUUCAAUCCAACUGUGCUGCUUUUUUCCUGCGGAGCCACAAAUCAAGACUUUCUGGCCCUCUAUUACUCUGUCGGGAAAAUAAUGAGCGCUCUGUCGCAUCGAAAAUCGUAUCGCCGCCGAGAAAAUGAAUCGUCUUCGAGGCAAAAUCAAAUUGAUUUUCACUUCACGAUAGGCGCAUCAAGAUUAUGCUCAUUAUUUUCCCGACAGACUGAUUGUAUUAUAAAUACUUGAAAAAUAAACAAGAUCCGUAUUUUAAAACUUACCUUUCCUUCUUUUCAGACGUCAAUCGAUGGAAUUUGAGGAGCUCUUGAUGAAGAUGGACUCCUUUAUCCGACCGAGAUUUGGCUAG